GGAGCCUGGUGCUCUUGAUGGUCAUCGUCGCACUAGAUCAGUGGGAUUAUUUGAUUUGUCAAAGUUGGAAGCUCUCCUGUAGCAGAUUUAUAGCAUAAUCCGUAUAACAAUUCCUUGCCAGAGUCAUUCGAUGUGCUUUGAAGAAGAAGAAUUCUCGGACAUAAUUACUGAUGAAGUCACUAGUAAUAUUUGGAAAUCUAGAGUCUAUGUCGUUAAUGAUCGAGGGAACAUUACUUCAUAUUACUCAGCAGUGGACAAACAACAAGCAAAAUAUCUUUAUCCAAAAUAAUUUUUGAAUAUACUCACCAUCAUCACCAACAUCAUCAUUCGAAAGGCUUAUCUCCAACAGAACUUCCUUGCGAAGUCUUAAUGUGUGAUCUUGUCAUGACGAUGUUUUGUGUGCCACACUAGACAUUGUAUAUCAUCCUCUCAAAGAAUUUGCAUCCUGGCAAACAUCAUUACCAGAACAUUUUAAAGACGCGUAUCUUCCAACCGAAAUAAACAAUGGAUUUCAAUUGUAGCGAGCGAUGUAUUCUUGAAAUCAAAAAUACGGAAAAAUUUGAACUUUAUCUUCCCGUAAUAGUGUUCAUGGGUUUAUUAUUUCUAAUGGGCACUAUUGGUAAUAUUAUCGUUUUAAUGGUGUACAGCCAGAAAAAACGCAAGACUUCUUCUCAUUUCUUUAUCCUUACUUUAUCGAUUUUAGAUCUCUUCGGUUGCUUUUUUGGCAUCCCGACAGAAAUUGCAGAUCUGUGUAACCCGUAUCUGUUCGACGCUCCUUUCGCAUGUCGUCUGCUUCGUUUCACAUUGAGUGUGACGACAAUCAGUUCCGCCAUUGUAUUACUAGAAGUGGCUUUUGAUCGAUACUAUCGAAUAUGUAAGGUCGGCUUGCAGUACAGCCUUCGCAAAACGAAAUUGCUUUGUGUUGUUGCACUCUUCAUUGGAAUACUUUUAUCCUGGCCUUCUUUUGUCAUAUUCGGUAAAAAACGGGUAGAAGUCGUACCCGGUAUAUACGGCUCAGAUUGCUCCACUGACGACAGCGUUGACAAAAAAUAUCCGACGACUUAUUACGGUUUCUUGUUCCUCUUGUUCAUCAUUUGCACUGCUCUCAUCUUUGGCUUGUACGUCCGCCUGUCCUUGGAAGUGCGCAAGCGCAAAGAUCUGCAGAUUCACACGAAAUCUACCCAGCAACCCAUUUGUCCUUCCCAACGCGAUUCCGAAGAGCCUAGCGUUGUCGACUUAUCAGACGAAACCCCCGAAAACAACAAGCAGAGGAAAUAUUCGGCAGCCGUGAUCAAAGUUCCACGACAAGGACAACAAAUACGCGUCGGACGAACAACCGUGAUUUUAUUUGCAGUGUCCGUCAUUUUCGUCGUCAGUUACCUACCGUUUCUGAUUGCGAUGGUCGUUCGGAAUGUUUGGAAAGAUUUUGAAUCGAGUCUAAACCCUACCGCUGAGUUAAUCUAUAAAUUUUGUUUGAAAUCUUAUUUUCUCAAUAAUGCCAUCAAUCCAAUUGUGUACAGCUUCCUGAAUGUGAACUUCCGGCAAGAGAUCCCCCGCGCAGCAGCCAAUUGCUUUUGUAAAGGAUGUUGUAAAAGCUAGAGGAACGGGAGUAUUUAAAUGUGUGACAACACGAUUCAAACGAAGAAACAUAUCCAUAAUCAAGGAAAUAAAAUGAACGAAAACUUCUUUUUAUUUGUGAAAAUACGUGAUGUGUGUCGUCUUAGGAUGAGAACGAAGUGAAUGACACUGAACAAUAAAACACGAGUUAUUUAUAUGAAGCAUGGGAUAUAUCUGACCAAAAUGGUGGCUGCAUAUUACAAAUGUAUAUGUGAGCAUAGAUUGCAUGUAUAUGUAAGCGUGAUUCAGUGCAUACAUGUUAACUAUGCGUAAAUGUAUGCAUGAAUGGCUGGAAGUGAGUUUUACAGAAAUUUUAUAUGAAUCUCAGUCUCCCUGUGUAUUGUACAUGUAAU